AUGUCUAAUCCAGAAUUAAACUGUUCAACGUCGAAUCCAUGCGGGAGGAAUGGAUAUUGCGAAAAGAAUGAACGAGGUGAUUAUUAUUGCUCAUGUAAAUUCUGGUGGUCUGGAGCAAGUUGCGACGAAUUAACCAAUAGUGGAGUUCAAGUGAUCAUUCUUGGUUGUUUAUUAGGCGUUCUCAUGUCAGUUUAUUACGGUUUAAUUAUCUUUCGUAGAAGAAACAGGAGAGAACAACAAAAGAAAGAGAAACAAAGUAAAACGUAUGACAGUCGAUUUUCAAUUGGAAUGCCAUUCCAUCUUCGUCCUUCGUCAUAUGUGUUCAUAGUUCUAAUUAUGAUUCUUGCAGCAUCAGGAUUAACCAUCAAAUGGUUUCUACUACAAUCAAUUCACAAUACAAUCGUCGAUCAAUAUCGUCACAAUCGUUCGUUGUUCUACAAACCUCACCCAGUUUGUCAAGCGAUUAAUUAUCAACGAAUGAAUUUAAUUAUGUUUCCUAUAUCUUGCUUAGUGAUUUUUAUCUUUGCCAUUGAAUACAGACGAUUCCUGUUCGGAGCAAAGAAGAACAAGUUCGAUUACUAUUUUCCUCCUGUGCCUCUGGAUUUUUUCACUAACAUAAAUCGAACAUUCGUUGCUGUUACAUUCGCUAUUACCGCAAACGAAUUGUUAGAAAUCGCAAAUGAAGAAUUAAGUAGAACACAUUCAACUGACCGUGCUGCAGUCUACAUCGAUUCAAGAUUGAGCUUACUUCUCGGCACGUUGUAUUCGUGGAUAGAUUUACCCAUGACGAUCGUCGAACAAGGCAUGUGUCAACCUAGAUACUAUGAGAAUGCUCAGAAAACGAAUGAUACAUAUUUAAGUUAUUUAUUCGAAUAUUACGGUACGGGAUCUUUUCUUCAAAUGGUUGAUUUGUUAACUGAUAUACCUCGAUACAUAUGUUUAUCAUACGUCAUCGUUGAAUUGUCGCGGAGAGUUCGAACGAAGUUCUUUUUUGAAGUCAAAGCUGAUAAUUUAACACGUGAAGAAAAGGUGCUCUUAAGCGCCUUACAAGUCAAUUCUGUAGAAAUGAUGUAUGUAAAAAAUUUAUUUCGUUCGAAUGAACGCACGUCCUCUAAUCGAUGGAUUUACCAAUGGCGAAGUGAUUUUCGAUUUUCAUCUCGUAUCCUUUGUCUCUACUCAUCAGUAUUUCUCUUUCUCUAUUUCUUCUUAAUUCAAGUAUGUGUUCAGAUAUUACCAUAUAUGACCGAAUUGCAACAACUGAUUCAAAAUCUGAUCAGUAAUUCUCGUAGCAGUCAAUCAACUCAUACUGUACCUGUACUGGUUCGUCCGUUUCUCUUAGCUGCACUGAUUGGAUCAAGUGUUGUUGUUAUUCAACUCUUACUGCUAUUGGCGAGUAUACGUCGAAAUUUGUUUCAAGUUUAUCGAGGUGAUCAAUCGGAAAUUCCUCGACGGAACCGAUCAAAUUAUAGAACAUAUGCAACGGGAAAUUUCCAUUUUGCGGGCUAUUUAAUUGCUUACGCUUUGUGGGGUCUUAUAUUAAUUAUAUCAUUUCUGUUUGUUGUUUUGGUUUUUAUUGACUUUGUCGUUUCAUUUCGUUUGUUUCCGAUUGUCGAAUCGAUUCUGAAAUAUGUUAUUCCAGUGCUGUUGAUUGCUUAUUUCAAAGCGUAUUUAAAUAAGUGCCUUGCCCGUUUUGCAUUUCUUCAAGAUGACGGCGAUGUUUUAGCGGUGAACAAUCGGCGUGUUCUGAUGAUAUUUCUCUACUUCAAUUUCUUUCUCGAUGCGUUUCUUGGUUUGUUUUCAUCGGUUCGUCGACUUUUCAAAAGUGUCGUGGGCGGUAUUUUUUACAUGUGUCGAUUGGAUUACUCUCCUCUAGGUCGAAAAUUGGAAACUUGGGAUGAUGGUUUCAAUGCGUAUUGUGGUUUCAUUCAUACGGAAUGUACUCAUCGACAUCCAGUGUUGUUACUGUUUGCUGCUUGUUUACUUGAAACGAACAAAACGAAGUCUAGACUUAGUUCCGUUGUUAAUCCUUUGGUGAUGUCAAAUGAGUUGGUUUCGCAAGAUGAAGAAGAAAAAAUUCGAAGGAGAAAGAGACAAGUGAUUCGCAAAUGGCAAAUGGUCGCAUUUCUAAUACGAAAUCCACUGUUCGUGUUCUAUCGUAAAGCAUAUUAUAAACAAUUUCAUUUCGUUGAAAAUCAUCUGGGACAAUGGAGGAAUAACGUUCAAGCUGAUCAGAUGAUGAUUCGACGUUUAAAUUCUGUUUAA